CCCUGCAGGUGUCCUCGAGCCCCGCCCGGCCAUGGUGGACGUGUUGGGUGGGCGGCACCUGGUGACCCGUGACGGCACGUCGGUAGAGGCGGAAGCGGCGCUGCAGAAUAAGGUGGUGGCGCUGUACUUCGCGGCCGGCCGGUGCGCGCCGUCUCGCGACUUCACGCCGCUGCUCUGCGACUUCUACGCCGCGCUGGUAGAGGAGGCGCGGCCGCCAGCGCCCUUCGAGGUGGUCUUCGUGUCAGCGGACAGCAGCGCGCAGGAGAUGCUGGACUUCAUGCGCGAGCUGCAUGGCGCCUGGCUCGCGCUGCCCUUCCACGACCCCUACCGGCAUGAGCUGAGGAGCAGGUACAACAUCACGGCCAUCCCCAAGCUGGUGGUGGUGAAGCAGAGCGGGGAGGUCAUCACCGACAAGGGGCGGAAGCAGAUUCGGGAGCGGGGGCUGGCCUGCUUCCAGAACUGGGUGGAGGCGGCCAGCGUCUUUCAGAACUUCUCAGGUUGAUCUGGAGGGGUCUCCCCGGCCCCUGCUCCCGGGAGCUGGGCCUCAUAGCCUGCUGCAUCGCAGGCAUGGGAAGGAAGUCUCUGCUCUGCCCACGCGGCCCUCUUUGUUCCAGAGUGGAAGCAGAACUUUGUGGCAGGAAGAAACGAUCCUCCCUGCCCACCCGUAGUCUCCCUGUUGGCAGAAAUUUUUAUAAUUUGUAGCAUAUUUCCACACGCCACACGAGCUCAAGUAUGUUCAUAGUGAGUAUUUGAAAUCUAUGCAAAAUAGAUUAUUUACAUAGGUUCUUCAGGUACUAUAAUUUGUUUAUUGCAGAUAAAAUUUCUGGAGAUCUGUUUAUUUUAAU